AUGAAAGAUUUUUCUCCCAUUCACGCUUUUCUGAGUGGCCACUGUUAUCAGUUAUCCGUUGUUUUUCAUUUCAUCAUUUCCUGUAAUCGGUUUUGUGCUGUAUGGAUGCCAUUAAAGUAUUCUUCGGUGUUCAGUAUAAAGAAUACUUGUUGGAUGAUUUCUGUAAAUUGGAUUAUACUUGGCGCAGUUAAUAGAUACUUCUUUGUGUACGUGUGUCCUAUGAAAUACGACCCUCAACGUCGUAUACUUGCUUACGAUGAUACUGAUCUAUGUGAUAAUAUUGUAUGGUAUGGAGACUUUGUGAAGAAUAGCAUUGUGGUUUGUAUUUUUAUGAUAAUCGAUAUCAUGACAGUGAUAAAAGUUCGAAAAGUCCGACUAUUCUCUGUGAAUAAUAAAAACAAAAACAACGAAUCAAUUUCGGAACGAGAAAGGAGAUUUUUGAAACAAACCGUUUCUCAAGGAAUUGUUUUUAUGGUGGAGCUGAUUACUUGGUUUUCGAUUGAUAAAAUCACGAGUAACAAAGUUGUUAUAUUCCUUUUAAGCGGUUACGCUUUUACUCUAGUUCAUGUUUUGGAUGGAAUCAUUGUGUUGAUGUUCAACCCGGAAAUCAGAAGCUUUUUGGGAUGCACAAAAAAUAAACCCAUCCGAAAUCAGGUUAAUAUUUCUGUGAAUACAACGGUCUAA